AUGGUAAGCGAUGUAAGCGAUAGAGUCCCAUUACCCGUGGCACUAACCACCCUGGCAAUCGAGAGCAGCCCUCUCCAGGUUUACUGCUCAGCACUCAUUUUCAGCCCAAAGCGGAGUAUCAUAAGGAAAUUUUAUCACGUCAAUGAACCAGACUGGAUCCUGCUGGAGCCUGAUGUUAAAGACUGGUGGAGCCCUUGCCUUCAAACUCUUGAAGGGCAUAGCAAAGGCAUUGAUUCGGUUGUUUGGUCACCGGAUAACAGCCAGCUUGCAUCGGGGUCUGAUGAUAGCACCGUCAAGAUCUGGAACCCAAUCACUGGCCAGUGUAUGUCGACUCUCCAGGGACAUUCUAGCUCGAUCGGUGCCAUGGCUUGGUCUCCAGAUGGAACUCAACUUGCAUCAAGCUCAACCGACUGUUCAAUCAAAUCUGGGAUACAGUUGUCGGACAAUGCACAUCAACCAUAUGGGGACACAAUGAUCAUUUUUGUUCCCUUAUGGAAGGUAUCAAGCCUCGAGGUAUGGGAUGUAAUCACCGGACAGUGUGUAUCUACUUGGCAUGGAAGGGGAUGCACGAUCUUCACCGGCGGUCCAAAUCAAAGCCGACUUGCAGCAUUAACCAAGAAACGCACAAUUGAGGUUCAGAAUUUAGAAACCCAAGAACUUUUAUUCGUUCUCAAAGGUCACACAAAGCACAUAAAUACGACUGCUUGGUCAAAAGAUGGGACUCGACUUGCCUCGGGAUCGGCAGAUCACACAGUCAGGGUCUGGGACACAACUACCACGCAGUGUCUAUCGAUAAUCAAAGACCACAUGCUAUCCGUUAAGUUUCUAUCCUGGUCACCGGAUGGGUACCACCUCUGUGGACGGGAUGAUGACUUGAUGCACAUCUGGCAGGUGUCCACCGGCCAGCGCCUCUCCACACUCGAUAGGGCAACACUCAACGGGGGUUCCUUUUGCCAAUCUGUAUGGUCACCAGAUGGAGGUCGACUUGCAUUGACGUUUGUUAACGAUCAGAAAAUCGGAAUCUGGGGCCCAGAGCCCACACAACAACCCGCGGUUUUUGAUUCCUCGUUCCCUAUUCUUUUAUUUUUCCAAGGAAAUACCGAGACUUCUACCGAUGGCCAUCGGCUGACUUCGGGUUCAUUGGAUGGCACUAUCAAGCUCUGGGGCCCAUUUUCCACACAUUCGGAACCUUUACCGUCAGGGAGAGACGAUCCAGAAGUUUGCGGGCAUAUAAAUUCUAUUGUGUGGUCAUGGGAUGGAAGCAGGCUUGUUACUGGAUCAUGUUGGGGCAAGAUCAGAGUUUUGGAUGCAAAGAAUAGUCAAUGUCUCUUGACUCUCCAGCUUGAAGGUGAGCUAGGACCCAUCGCCUGGUCCAGGGACAACAGAUACCUGGCGUCAGUCUUAAUCGAGCCAAAACAAAGCCCGCCAACACCACAGCCAAUGAUGAGUGACCGGCCAAACAGUAGCAAUUCAGCCACUUCAGAUCGACAAAGUUACAGGAUCCUUAUCUUGGAUUCAAUCACUGGGAAGCGACUGUCUUUUGUGGAGGGAAAUACUGCGCCAGUUGAUGCAAUCGCAUGGUCUCCAACUGAGUCCGUAUUCCGGCUGGCAUCGAGAUCGAGCGAUUACUCCAUCAAUGUUUGGGAUCUGACCACCAGAUCUUGUUUAUACACCUUGAAAGGAUGCUUUCAAGGUGAUGAAUGGCCCACUAUUGGGCCAAUUGUGUGGUCACCAGAUGGACACCAACUAGCAUCCUCAUCCACAGAGCAUACCGUCAAUGUCUGGGACUUCGUUUCCGGUCGACACAUGCGAAUUCAACACGUUGAUUCCCCUGACUACCUGGAGUUUGUUCCAAUUAUUCCUUACUAUCUGCACACCUAUCAGGACACCUAUGACGUGAGAGACAUUACGACAGUGAGGUUGUCUCCUGUUGAUAUUUAUACCCAGCCACCGCAUUAUGGGGUAAAUGAAAAUGGUACUUGGAUAACCUACAAGAAUCAAAACAUUGUCUGGCUACCUCCAGAGUACCGACCAACGGUAUGGGCUAGACACGAGACACGGUCCAUCUGUGGCUCUUGGUACCGCUAA